GCACACCAGUCGCAUCGUUGUCACGUUGCAUGCCAGACGCGCUUGGUCUCAACGAUUACGCCGUUUUGCACGUUGCCGGUACACGUUGUCGUUGUCGCGUGUAACUUAACCGACUUCUGUCUCUCGAGUUUCCCGCCAAUUUUUAUUUUUCAAAAGUUGCAUUUUUUAAAAUAUUAUUAUCGGUCUUCGUCGUCACUAAAGCGCAGCUCGUUAAUGAACCAUGUACGACGUCGGUUGAAUAAUUGACAAACUAAUGAUAGAUAGUGUACCUGUUCAGUGCUUUAGUGAUCCGAUCAACAUUAAAUAUUAAUAAAUUAUCUUCGCAGUGGUUUUUUUUAAGAGUUCUUUUUCUUUGGGAUGUUUGAGUAAUGCUAUCAACAGCUAGAAAAAUGAUCAAACGUCUCUCAGUCUGCAGGAGAACUGUAUUCACCCUGUUGUCGCUGCUCUCGGUCUGGUCAGUCACUCGUCCUGUUUUGGGUCAAGGUUCUCUGCGUCAAGUUUAUGCAGUAGUUCAAGGAACUGCGUUAUUACCAUGUGACAUAGCUCCUCCUAUACCCCACGAUCCUCAGGAUACAGUCAUUUUGGUAGUGUGGUAUAAAAAUGAAAAAACUGCAAUAUACAGUGUUGAUAUUCGAGGAAAACAUACAGAUCCCAACAAGUCUCACUGGAAAGAUGAAACACUCGAAGGACGGUCACACUUCAGAACAUUAUCUGAACCGGCUACAUUAUUUAUUGAUAAUAUAUCAGAAUCAGACGCUGGCAUCUACAGGUGUCGAGUAGACUUUCGAAAAUCUCCCACUCGAAAUUCAAGACUGAAUCUUACAGUUAUUGUACCUCCACAAAAGCCAAUUAUUCAAAACGAUAAUGGAGAAGAAAUUCGCCAAACUGCAGGACCUUACUUUGAGGGCGAUCAAGUGAAGUUGAAAUGUAUAGUAACUGGAGGCCGACCAGAGCCGACAGUAAAAUGGUGGCGUGGAGAAGCCCUAAUAGAUGCAGACAUCGAAGAUGAAAUCACUUCAACAUUUUACACUUCCUCAACAACGCUGACUAGAUACAAUCAACUUACAAUCAAUUCACUUACGAGAAACGAUCAAGGAGCUGUGUAUACUUGUUUGGCUUCCAAUAGCAAUAUAUCAGUUCCAGUUAGCGCCAGCGUUACAAUCGAAAUGUAUCUUAAACCAUUAGAAGUAGAAGUACUGAGUAGUCGUCAACCUUUAAGUGCCGGACGUUCAUAUGAAGUGCAAUGUCAAGCAUAUGGUUCUAAACCACCGGCUAACAUAACGUGGUGGAAAGACAAUGAAAAACUUUUAAAUGCAACUCAAUCUGUGUCAGUUGAUGGCAAUAUAACUUCAUCAACAUUGAUAUUUCGUCCAACAAAAUCAGACAACGGUAAAUCAAUCGUGUGUCGAGCAGAAAAUGAUUUGGUCCAGCUGAAACAAGAUGGUUCAUCCGCUGCCGAAGAAGAUAUUUGGAUAAUUGAUGUGCACUAUGUACCUCUAUUAAAACUGGCAUUAGGCAUUAACAUGAACCCUGCUCACAUUAUAGAGGGUAACGAUGUGUAUUUUGAAUGCAAAAUCGAUGCAAAUCCAUCGGCCUACAAAGUAGUCUGGAAGCACAACGGUCAAGUAGUCCAAGGAAAUGUAAAGAGCGGUGUAAUUAUGAAUCAAAAAGAUAUGGCACUUCAAAACGUCAAAAGACAACAAGCGGGAAACUAUUCGUGUUUAGCUAGUAAUACUGAGGGAGAUGGCGAGAGUAAUGUUGUGCGUCUAACUGUCAUGUACAAACCGAUAUGCAAGAUCAAUCAAAAGUUGACGUAUGGUAUUGCCCGUAAUGAAAAUACAGAAAUUUUAUGUGAAGUUGACGCAUACCCUCCUCCUGAUGAAUUUAAGUGGACUUUUAACCGUACAGGAGCUAUAGCAUCGGAUGUGGGAAGCAAUGAUAUUUUGUUGCAACAGUCGCGUUCUGGCAGUACUGCAAUGGAAACUAAUGCUAUAAGAAAAAGCCGCAUGUCAUCUGUGCUUACCUACAGUCCAUCGUCACCCUCUUCCGGCGUUGGUGGAAAUGGCGGCGUAAGCGAUGGUGACUACGGGACAGUCACUUGUCGAGCUUCGAAUUCCGCCGGGCAGCAGUUAGAACCUUGUGUCUUCCACGUCAUAGCAGCUGUAAAACCCGAACCACCAUUUAACUGUACAUACGGUGAACAAACCCCGUUUUCUUUGAGAGUUUGGUGUUCUCAAGGAUUUGAUGGUGGCGUAAAGCAAAAAUUUAUACUAGAAGCGUACGAUACCGGCGAAGAGGGCGAUCUAGCAGCAGUAAUUGGUGAUGGACCGUUUGUUGCAGCUGAUGGACCUGCUCCUCCUUUGUUAGCUAACAUAUCUUCUGACGAACCAGAUUUUACUCUUAGGCAAUUAUCUCCAGCUAUUGGAUUGCGGUUAGCUGUUUACGCACAUAACUCCAAGGGUACCAGUGAACGUACAUGGCUAACAGCCUACACGCUUAACGCUGCUGACAAACAAACUACUUCUGGUUCAUCUGUUGCUGGCAUAGGUACUGGAAAACGAUUUCGCUUGACGCCUAUAGUUGCCACACUAAUUGGUAUCACUAUCGUAGCAGCUGCGAUAGCAUCAGUUGUUAUGUGCGCCAUACGAAUGCGAUCAUAUAGGCACAGUAUACAACGGCGUCAAAAUUUAUGUGGCAACAAUGGCUGUAUAUUAGAUGGAAAUGGAGGAUCUGCAGUUAUUGCGGUGUGUAAGCAAAAAUCUGAUAAAAAAAUUUCAGCAUCAUUAGACCCGGAUAAAAAUCCAGACCUUAUACCACCUACCAAAAACAAAAGUUCUAAUCGAAACAACAUUGGAUACCAAGUAGUCCAACAACAAACGAACACAAAUAUGGAUAUCAAUGAUGAAGAAUUAGAAGCUGAAACAUCAGACGAUGACAGGUGUGGUUAUCCUACAACACAAGUCGAUGGUGGAACGUCGCGGCAGUCUAUUAGUUCACUACGACAUGUGGAUGCCAAUGUGUCAGUCAGCUAUAACAAUAAUAGUUAUAGAGCUGAUCAGCGCAUAUCAACAACAGCGAUAACGUCACGGAUACCUCCAUAUCAUCAAAGAGAAAUUGUAACCGUUAGAACUCCAUUAAUGUCUAGUCAACAGGAAAGCUGUGUAUAAGCUAAAGUAGAUCGCAUUAGUAGUAAUUUACAUUAUUUUUAAUUUUGUAUACCGUAUACAAAUACUCUGUUUACAUAAACAAAAGUUUUUACAAUUUUCAUUAAUGUUAUUUUCAAAUUAAUUUUACACAUUUAUGCAUUGUAUAUAAAUAUUUGUUAAUUUAUUAUGUAAAUAUCUCCUUGUUUUAUACUUGUUUUGUAUAGUCAAAAAAUGUAAAAUUGUAAUAUUUGUAAAUUAUUUAUAGUUUUUAACUGCCUAUAAAUUUAAAAAAUCUAAUUUAAAUUUAAGUAUUUAUUCGGACGUAGACAUGUAUUUAACAUCAUUUCAGGGGAGGAGACUGAUCCUACGGUUCAAUUUUAUGUAUCUGUUUAGACUUGAGAUACUUGAGUUCAAUUCCUUAAUACAGUGAAGGUCCAAUCUUAAUAACAUAAAAACUCGUUAAAACGUUUAACUACUCAUUUGCUAACUAUUCUAAUUAAAAUAAAUUGUUUUGUUACAAAUUGUAUUCUAUCAACUUACAAUAUUUUAUUGUAUUUUUUAAUUUAUGAUUAAUCAUCUCUUUAAUUGAGUCGUUAUAAACGGAACAUUUGAAAGUGAAGAAGAAUGAAGUCCAUAAAUAUUCUUUUAAGAAGUAACAAAAUCUUAAAUAGAACUAUUAAAUAAAACACUGUUAUGGCUAAUAAUAAGCUAUACAUCUGUAUUUCUAAAAUAAAUGUUCGGAUGUUGUAGAAUAAAACGAAUAAUAUAAUAGCAAUGUUUUUUUAAAGAAAUAGGUACAUAAAAAAUCAAUAACCCUCAUUUAAAGAUAACAUUUUUAAUAAAUCAAACUUAUUUUUUAUUGAUCGAUCCUACAACCUAAAUUGUAUAUUAAUAAGAAAUUGAUAAUUUUUAUAAGAAAUUUUAUAACACAUUUUGAUUUUCGAAAGAAUUCAUUUUUUAAAAAAUAAAAUUGUUAAAAUUUAGAAUUUCAUUCAGUACUUAUAUUUUCUGUAAUAGCUUAAAAUUUGAUAUAAUAUACAAUACUGGCGUGUGUAUGAGUGGACAGGUGCACAAUUAUAGGUGUUCAGUAAAUAAGGAAACGGAAUUCUAUUGUUUUCAUUGUUUAUUCUCAUUACCUGUUUCCUUACUUACUUAGCAUUCUGUAUAUAUUUACUUAUUGUUUAAAUAGCGAUACAGACCCUUUUUAUUUUUAAGUCAUGCUAUAUUUAAUUUAUUAAGUAUAAAUAUAAAAAAAAAAAUUGAGUACCUAGUCUGCAAUAAUUCAAGGAUCGAUCAUAAUAGUGAUCUAUAUUAAAAUUUAACUCGUGACUACACUGAUAUUAGUAAUUGAAACUUGAGAAACGCUUUACCCAUGAAUUUGGUCCCUGAUAUUUAAUUUAUUAAAAAGCGUCUAAUAUAAAGGUUUUGCUUAAAAAUAUUGUUUUAAUAAUUCAAUUAACAUCUAGAAAAUACUGUUAAAGAUAAAUUGUGGUUUUAAAAUGUUGUUUUUAAUGUUAUUGGGCAAUGCCGAAAGAAACAAAUUGUAUUAGUUUUAAUGUAUUUAAGGUAUUCAAUUAUUACUAUUGCAUUUAUUAUAGAGGUUUAUUUGAUAUAUAUAUAUUGUCCAUAGUGACAACCACAAUGAGUUACCUGUAAAAUAUAUUGGUAAAUUUAGUCAAAAUAAAUUUGAAAAUUUAAAUAACGAUUCUAAUAAAAUAACUUAAAAUGUACAUAUUAUAUAAAUACAAUAAGUUACUAGUUAUUUCUUUGUAUACAUUUUGGAAAAUGUCCUAAUAACUGUUUCAUAUAAACAACUAAAUUAAUAAUUGAUAAUUAUUAUCUGUAAAAUAUAAUUCUAGCUAAAUACAAAUUCCAAAACUCCUUUUUAAGCAAAGGCGUAUAUUUCAAUUUUAAAAUAAUAUACGAUUCUAAAACAAAAACCAUGCAAUUGGUGAUACAAAUAACCAAUUCUCAGAAGUUGAAAAAAAAUAAAUCAAACAUUACCAUUCAAUGGGAAAUCAUUAAGACUUAAAUUUCACUAAAACAUAUUAUACAACAAUCACUGGACAUCGUUUUAUUCAAUAUGCAAUUAUAUAUUUAAUCCAAAUAGAACUUUUUAAACAAUAAAUACAAAAUCCAAACAAUAUAUUAAAAAUCAUUUCAAGUAAUAAUUAAUAAUUAUAAAAAUUUAAUUGCUCUGAAUGUACAUGUAAAGAUCCACUUUCCAAAAUGAUUUUAUUGUUAUCUAGAAACAAUGCUUGUAAUUCAUUAUUAAAAAAAAUAUUUAAUUAGUAAUUUAAACAUUUCUUGCUCUCUGUGUAUAAGAAAAUCUAUAAGCAGAAAUGUUUGAUAAAAGGAAAACACAAAAUUUCAUAAAUAAUUAUAGUUAUAGUUUAAUUUU